UUGAAGGUGUAACAGAUAAGUAUUUCUCCACUUGCAAACUGUUCCUUACCACAGAGCAGGUCCUCUUCUCUCUCACACACACUGUUCAUCUGAACUUUUGUGUUAUUGAACCUCCCACCUAUACUUAAACAUGGCACUGUGGGCAUUGCUUCCUGUCUUCCUCGCUGUCUUUGGCACUGUGGGCAUUUGGACUGUGUUUGCUAUAGCUGUAACAAAUGGAUCAGUCAACAUAACAGAGGGAAUGCCUUUUAUCAGUCACUGUGGCACUUACAGCCCGCAGAGCUGUCUCUUUUCCCAGGUCUGCAAUAUCUGCUCUGUGUUAGCCCUGUGGAUUGUGGUAAUCCGUUUUCAGCAGGUUAGAGACUAUGGUAACCACGGAAAGGUCAACAUCGCCAGCAUUGUUUUAGGAUUCAUCUCCUCUAUCGGCAUUUCUAUCAUUGGCAACUUCCAGCAAUCAGUGUUAAUGGGAGUUCACCUUCUGGGAGCAUUCCUGGCGUUCUUCGUUGGCCUGGGAUACUUCUGGGUACAGUUGUUUCUAACCUAUCGGGCGAAGCCAUGUCAGGACCAAUGUUGGGUGGGGGCUGUCAGGGCGACCUGCUGCACCCUCUGUACCGUCCUGGUCAUCAUUAUGUCCAUUCUCCACAAUACAGGCUAUACCUCUGGGGCUGCAGUGUGUGAAUGGGCUUUGGUCAUGGUGUUCUUCUGUCUGUUUGGCCUGUUUGCAGCUGAGUUCAGACACAUUGACUGUCAUCACCUCACUGUACAGAAACAGGCUCUGAAAAAUGAACGCGGCCCAUCCUCAAGAGAAAUGAACGGUCGCAUGGUUGCCUGAACACACCCAUCUGAAUACACGCAUGUACAAAGUGCACAUGGUUCAAAAUCAACCUUCAUGUAGACUACCUGCAGUUGCCAUAUUUUCUUAUUGUAGGUAUAAUGUCUGUGCACUAGAUUCAUAACAUACAUGUCUGUACUGUAUAGAAGAUUUUGCCGCUUUAGUCCAUUUGACACACUCAGCGGGGAAUUUCCCAUAUUGCUAUUUAACAUGUUUUUGUAUUUACCCUUUUGAGAGAUGCAAUGACAGAUUUAUUUGAAAGCUGUAUAUUUGAGUCUUUUAGCAAAUGCUGUAUUUGAACGUUUUUGAACAUUAUUAUCUCAUAUUUUGUCUCUGUCUGUUUAUAAAAUUUUGAGUAGUAGAAUAGUAAAGAACACAUUAUCUUUCAUUUC